AUGGUCAAGGGCGACAGCCCCGGCGUCUACAGUGCCACAUACAGUGGUAUUCCUGUAUACGAAUUCCAAUUUGGUGUGGACCUCAAAGAACAUGUUAUGCGAAGGCGGCAUGAUGACUGGGUGAAUGCGACACAUGUGUUGAAGGCUGCCGGGUUUGACAAGCCAGCGAGAACUCGUAUCCUCGAGCGCGAUGUUCAGAAAGACACACACGAGAAAAUUCAGGGCGGUUACGGAAAGUACCAGGGAACCUGGAUACCUAUGCCAGCUGCAGAGUCUCUGGCGGUGCGACACAGCGUGUACGAUUCGCUCCGGCCCAUCUUCGAGUUUCGCCCAGGCAACGAGAGCCCGCCGCCGGCCCCGAAGCAUGCAAGCAAGCCGAAGGCGCCCAAAUCUAAACCGCCGAUCCCGAAAUGGAACAUUGAAGAGUAUGAUAAUACCGCCGACUCGACCAUGAUGGGUGAGGAUGACACCCCGGACAACCUCACCGUGGCCUCGGCAUCAUACAUGGGUGAAGAAGACCGCUUUGAUAUGUCUCACGUUUCGACGGGUCACCGCAAGCGAAAGAGGGAGGAGCAGAUACAUGACUUGACGGAGCAGCAACACGCGCUGUACGGUGACGAGCUCCUCGACUACUUUUUGCUCUCGCACAACGAGCAGCCGGCAGUAAAGCCGGAUCCGCCUCCCAACUUCCAGCCCAACUGGCUCAUCGAUGCCGAGAACCACACUGCCCUUCACUGGGCGUCAGCUAUGGGUGACGUGGAUGUUAUCAAACAGCUCAAAAGAUUCAGCGCCGAUAUCUCAGCCCGAAACAUUCGUGGAGAGACACCUCUGAUGAGGGCGCUCAACUUUACAAACUGCUUUGAGAAGCAAUCGUUCCCUGCCGUCAUGGAUGAGCUGUUCGAAACGGCCGAUGCCCGCGAUCACCAGGGCUGCACCGUCAUCCACCAUGCAGCCAUCAUGAAGAACGGCAGGGUCUACAGCCACCCUUGCUCACGGUACUACCUGGAUAGUAUACUAAACCGUCUUCAAGGGGAGCUUGACCCUAAUGCUUUCCAGCUUUUGGUAGAUGCACAGAGCAACGACGGAAACACGGCGCUGCACCUCGCAGCGUACCGCAACGCCCGCAAGUGCAUCAGGUCGCUUCUUGGACGUAACGCUUCGUCAGACAUACCCAACAAUGAGGGUGUCAGGGCAGAAGAUCUCAUCAUGGAGCUCAACGCCAACAAGAAAGACAGGGGUCAUCAACGGUCCUCGUCGCCAUUUGCACCCGACUCGCAUAAGCACGUGUCGUUCCGAGAUGCCUUUGCGGACAAGGGAGCAGCCAAGAAAACGUCAGUGUCGUUUUCGUCGGCGGCGGCAAACACCGUACACAACCGGAUCUCGCCGCUGAUUCUGGACAAGUUCCAGGACCUGGCCAAGAGCUACGAAGACGAGUGGCAACAGAAGGACGUGGCCGAAGCGGAGGCACGGCGGAUCCUUAGCAACUCGCAGACAGAUCUCAACGUGGCCCGACAGCAGAUUGCAGAGCUCGAGGCCCAGCUUGAGACGGACGAUGCGGCGGCUAGGCUGAUGAACGAGGCCAAUAUAGCUAAGCACCAGGUUUUGGAGCUGAUUGCACACCAAAAUCGGCUGCACGUGCAGCAUACGGUGGAUGCGGAACUGAGCAAGGCCAACGGAGACGCUGCGACGGCGGCGACAGCGCAAGAGGAUACGUACGAGGAGAAGCUCGACCUGGCACGGCAGCUGGGUCAGCUACUGGCUGAACAGAGGCAGGUCGAGUCUGAGUACGUGGACGCGCUGAGCAUGGUGGGCACAGGCGACAAGAUUGAAAAGUAUCGCAAGCUGCUCAAGAGGUGUCUUGACCCCAGGGACGAAGAGAGUUUGGACAGCAACCUCGACAGCCUGAUCGAUAUGAUGGAGGAACAGAAGGAUGUUCACGACCUAGAUGGUUUACCCGGAGCUGAGCCUGUGGAUGUGCACGUGUGA